UCCAGUAUGUCUGUGUAUUUGGAAAAAGAGAGAUUUUUCCCCAUCAACUCAGUCUGCCAUAUUUGCUGAUAUAAUCUUAAACUAUAUUAAAAAUUAAGACAAUAGUGUGCUUACCACAUGAGAAUAGUGCUUGAUCCAUAUAUACCGUUGAGUUAGUGGUAGGUUCUUAAUGAUAACUAGCUUUCAUGGAACACGAUUUGCUAAGAACAGUGUUUAUGUGUCUUUAUGUGUCUUCACUCCUCAAUUUUAUAAAGUUGCUACCACAUUCACACAAAUGGUCAAUUUAAAAUGGUUUCCUUUUAUAGAUGAGGAAACCAAGACACAGGGAUAAUAAGUAAUAGGAUUUUGAACCUAGGCAGUCUGGCUCCAAGCUUGUCAACUUUAUUGAGAUUUAAUAAAAGACAAUAAAAUCAACAUUAAAUCUAGAAUUCAUUUUGACAAAUGUAUACAGUUGAGUAACCACCACUACAAUCGUGUUAUCUAUCAGAACAUUUGCAUCAUGCCUAAAAGUUCCCCUUUUGUCCCUUUGGAAUUAAUCUCUUCCCUCACCAUCCUCUCACCCCUAGCAAACACUGAUCUGUUUUCCGCUACUAUAAUUUUGUCUUUUUAAAAAACUUCACAUAAAUGAUAUUUUAUAAUAUACGGUGGCUGGCUCCUUUUACUUAGCAUAAUGCUUUUGAGAUUUCUUCCUAGUGUUGCAAAUAUUAGUUGUCCGUUACUUUCCAUUGCUGAGCAGUAUGCCAUUGAAUAGCCACAUUUUGUUUAUUUAUUUGCCAGUUGAUAGACAUUUGGGCUGUUUCCAAGUCGGGGCUAUUACAAAUAAAGCUGUUAGGUGGAUAUGUUUUCAUUUCUCUUGGUAAAUAAAUAUCUAGGCAUGGAAUUACAAGAUUAUAUGGUAAGGAUAUGUUUGACUCUUCAGAAACUGCCCCGUUGUUUUCCAGAGUGGUCAUAGCAGUUUCCUAGGUCAUAUCUAAUAAUAAUAUAUGGGAGUUCUAGUUGCUUCACUUACUCAACCCCUGGUAUUGUUAGUCUUUUUAAAGUUAGCCUUCUAGUGAUGUCAUGUUACCCCACUGGGGUUUCAGUUGGCAUUCUCUAAUGACUAGUACAUUGAACAUCUUUUCCUGAAUUGAUAUGGCAUCUGUAAGUCUUUAGUAAAAUGGCUAUUCAAAUCCUUUAUCCAUACUCCAAUUGAAUUGUUUGUGUUUUACCUAUUGAAUUGCAGUAGUUCUUUAUAUAUUCUGAAAAUAAGUUCUGUACUGGAUGUAUACUUGGCAAAUACUUUCUCCCAUCUGGGCAAAACCUGUACUGUUAACCACUACAUACAUUGCCUCUCAAUACUUACUGAAAUGGUUGAGCAAGUUCUGCAGGGCGAUGGCCACUUCCUACCAGCAGUUGUGGGUUUUAAUUAAUAAGGGGUAAGAGAACCCUGUUGAAAUUUUUGUUUUAAGACUCAAGUUCCACUACUAAACGACUCUUUCCCGUUUUGGUACAGAAAUGAACAGGCCUCUCUUGGAUUUGAAGAAUUGAUGAGAUCACAGCUGUGAUUACAUCUGAACUCUCUGUCUUUACCAUCUUGAAAAUAACACCUCUCAGCUAUAUAAACACUGCCCUGUGCAACUUGCUCUAAGGUGUCCUAUUUUUAAUUUACUAGUUUUUUUGUUUCCUUAUGGAAAAAGACAGUUUCCAGCAGUUAGAACUAGAGAAAAGUGGACCUCCCAAAAGGACGACUCCCAAAAGAAUUAUCCAUUUUGUUGAUGGAGACAUCAUGGAAGAAUACAGCACCGAGGAGGAAGAAGAAGAAGACAAAGAACAGAAAACAAAUUCAACACUUGACCCUUCAAAACUUUCAUGGGGGCCCUACCUAUGGUAUUGGGCAGGACGAAUAGCAAGUUCCUCAUUUUCUACAUGUGAAUUCCUGGGUGGAAGAUUUGCUGUCUUCUUAGGUCUUGAUCAACCCAAAUAUCAGUAUGUGUUAAACGAGUACUAUAGAACACAAAAUAAGGAAAGUGACAAGGAAAGCAAAGGGAAUGGAUCAAAGGCCCAGCCAUCUAAGGUUCCUAAUGAAAAGUGUCACCUGGAAGCUGGGGGCCCAGAGUAUGGAACCAGAUGACAGGACAACACAGAGGGCGUUUCUCAGUGGAGCACCUCAUUCAGGGAGGGCCACGUGGUGGAUUCCAGCUCCUAAUGGGAAUCAGGGUUGUAAUUCCCCUGGAUCUCUGUUCUUGGACCAUUGAUUGCCAUGGCAACAGCACCACAGGUAGCAUUUCUGAGUCAGUUCUGAUCAUCUUCUUGUGAUACAUUCUCCAACAUCCAGGAAUAGCAAUCAGUAAUGAGAAUAAUUGUGGAUUCUUUCUCAAUAUAAACUUUUAUUUAUAAGCCCUCAACUCAACUCUACUUGUAAUAGAUAGAAGUUCUGUUAGUUGUGGUCUGUUAGUAUUGACAUUUGCGCGGUAGUAUAAAUGCCUGAAGGAACUUGGGCCUGGGAGUCUGGGGGCUGAAACGCUUUGUCAUGAGGCUGAGGUGUAGAAAAGAACCUCUGUUCCUCAGAAGAAACUUUGGGCCUCACAAAGUCUAAAUAAAUCCCCUUUUAGGAUUUGAUAUAAGAUGUAUUCUUCCCAAAAGCCAUCCUGGCUUAGUUAGGGAUUGCUAAUAACUGUUAUGAUACAUCAAAGUCUUUGAAAAUUGGGUACAUUUUCCCCAAAACAAUUAAAAAUAAAUAAAUAAGCUUAGCUCUAGAAAAUGUAUUUGGAAAAAAUAAUGGUUACUUGUUUAUUUGUCAACAAAUUUUCAAAACUUGGAAAGAUUAAACAAACACAGGUUGUGCUGGCCAAAGAAGAUAUCUGUGACAUCAUAGAAAAACACAGGACUCAGUAAUAAAACCUAAGUUCAAGUCUCAAUUCUGUCAUUUACUAGUGGGAU